CCACCAGUUUCCCUAGCGCAACAUGGCGUACGGUGCGACUCUCUUGUACGUGAGGUUGAAAGCGUCGUGUGGUCCACAAAAAUAAAUUUCGUUAAGUCGCAGGACUCUGUGAGACUAGGUUUACCAUAAUGAAGCACCAGAAUCCAGUAUUUCCAGUGUUGUUUGAUCGCAUACCAAGAUUCCUACCCUGAAUGAUCGGUACGCUGUCUUUUGACGCGUGACAUAUAUAACAGGAGGACUACGCCAUGCAAUGAGGAUGAGGUCAACUAAGAAGAUCCUUCUCAGCCUGUUGGCAAUGGGAACCACAGUGAUGGCUCUCCUAUACUGGGUGCAUUGUGGAGGAAGCACCCUCAGCAGCCACACUGCACCGGUUGUACCUUCAGCAAGUAGUUAUAGCAAGAUAAACUCUCUGCACACUUCUGAAGAAAUCACCUGUGUCAUCAACAACGAGUACUCGCUAUCAUGCCGAAAGGAAGGCUCUGAGGUGUAUGUUCCCUUCAGCUUCCUGCAGAGGUACUUCGAGGUGUACGGGAAGAUAGCCUACCGCGAGGGUCAACAGGUUUUUGACUGGCAACACAGCUAUUCGAAGGUUGUGGUUCCAACUGCCAGGUAUCAUCCCACUGGGUCCUUUCUGUGGUUUGACAACUACAAUGUUGCUGUCAGAGAAAGGGUCAAGUGCAUCAGCGGAAUCGAAGGAGUCCCCAUAUCGACGCAGUGGGACGCCAGGGGUCAUUUCUACCCUGUUCAGAUUGCGCAGUUUGGACUGAGCCAUUUCAGCAAGAACCUGAGUGAGGCAGCACCAGUGUUUAAUGUUCUGGAGGACGGCAGGAGAGCACAGUAUGGAACGUGGGUGACAUCAUCGAAGGGCAAAGCCAGCUAUGUGAGGGUAUUCGACAAGGCGUCCCAAAGCAGCGUUAUCGAGUUCAAGACGAGUGGUACAGCGGAAGAUCAAGGUGUGGCAUUUUCGCUGAGGAAAGAAACUGGGAACCUCACCCUCUCGUUUGACCUGCGUGUUAUCCUGAAUGGGAGCAUCAGCGUCAUCCUGGCAGGUGAAAGCGUGAGCAAACCUUCCCUGUACGGGGUGCACUACCUCAUGACCGAGACUCCCCUGGUGGUGGACGACCACGACAUCUACUACGGGCUCGGCACCAGUCAUUCCUGGAUCCACCUCACGCGCGACCUUGGCGUCGACCUGUUUAAGGGGCUGAAUUACGGCCAGGCAAAAGCGGUGCCCCGACCGCGAAACCUCCGCAUUCACAGCAUCGUGCUCAGGGGCCACGGCCUCUUGGAUAACCUGACACUGUCUUCCAGGGAUCACGAAGCUCACUUUUUUGAUGCCGCGAGGUGGCUCGUGCGCCACCAGAACAGCUACGGCGGAUGGCCCAUCACUGUGACGCGGCGUCUUUCGAAUGGCAUGCUGGAAUUGGAACCCGGCUGGUAUUCGGCGAUGGCGCAGGGCCAGGCAAUGUCUGUCCUGACAAGAGCGUACACCGCAACGGAGGAUCCCAGGUAUCUCGACGCUGCACUGCGAGCCAUUGCACCUUUCAAGAUACGAUCCGAGAACCACGGGGUGAUGGCGACCUUCCUGGGGAAGUUUGUGUGGUACGAGGAGUACCCGACUGUGCCCAGCUCCUUUGUGCUCAACGGGUUCAUCUACGCCCUGUUUGGCCUCUACGACUUGAAGUCGACGUGCACGGCGGGCGUGGGGGCCUGCCGUGACGCUGCCAAGCUCUACGACGAUGGCAUGGUCUCUCUAAAGCGGAUGUUGCCCCUCUUCGACACCGGGUGGGGCACCGUGUACGACCUGCGCCAUUUCUCCCUGGGCAUUGCACCCAACAUCGCGAGGUGGGACUAUCACGCUACGCAUAUAAACCAGUUAUUGUUUCUUGGCACCAUAGACGAUGAUCCCAUCUUUCGAGCCACAGCGGAGCGGUGGAUACGUUACAUGAAGGGAGUCAAGGCGCCGCAUAAUUGAUCCGGGCCGCCUUUUGUACUUUUUCUAACUCGCCCCGUACAAGGUCCAGCCAACUGCUGCGUGCAACUAACAGGGUCGGGGACCCUAGUCACCCCCUAGGGACCCCUAGUAAGGGACCCCACUUUUUAGGGUCAUGGCAGCUUCAAAGUAUACAACCAUGAGCUGUGUCAUCUUGGGGAUGCUACAAGGUACAGUACAACACACAGUUGCAUGCCUCGCUACUCCCCCAUUGUGUAUAGAUUGUACAUAGUUUUGGAUAUAUUGUGGCAGUGCUGACGUGGUGUGCACAAUGUUCUCAAGUCUUUCAUGGACUCUUGACUUCCGAGGAUGUGUUGAAAUAUGUGUGUGCAGCUUUCCACCGUGACUGUGUAGGGAUACUGUACAAGUGGUCACGGUAAUUUCGUGGGACAUUAGUUUUGUGAUGUCUUUCUCUGCGUUUUUAUCGUGGAGCCCAUCUGUGUCGGGAUGCCAGAAGUCCCGGGCUUGGCUGGGAUAUCGAGAAGAGGACUAUGCUUCCAUGACACCCACGUGAAGCUAAACCUUUCCUUGGCGAACUCGACGUCAGCGCUCCAGCAUGCAUUCUUGGGUUGAGAAAUAGGGUGAGACGACGAAAUGAUAUUGAAUUGAGUGUGGAAUCUGAGCCCAGUGGGGUAAGUGCCGCUAAAAUGAGCUGCCAACGAAGAAAACCGGCAAAUAUGCAAUAGGCUCAGUCUUAACUAGUUGAAUUUGUAACAAAUCAACAUGUUUUUGAAAAAAAAAAAAAAAAAUCAACACUGAGGCUCCUUCAGUGUGUGUAUGUCACAGGCCGCAUUGGCGUAGCCAUGGGUUCGAGGGUUCAAAGCCUCCGAACUUGUACCUUUGGUAGUGCAUCUGGGAAAGGUAAAACCCUCCUCUCCACAUAAGGCUCCCACACAAGCCCCCUUCAAAAUGUCUUUCUGGCUACGGUCCGGGCUGGUCGCACCUAUCCCUUGGUGUUAGCAUGACCUUGUACCCCAUUGGUGACAAAUGCUUAUUUGCUCUCUGUUUUUCUGACAUUGUAUCUCAUCGUUUCCCUAAAGGUAUAACUGAGUGCUCAGGCAGCAUUGUCUCAACACAAAUGCAGUGUUUCUCCUUUGUUGCUUGUGUGACCAGAAUCUCCCUUUACAACCAAAUUGCAUAUUUCCCAAUGAACCUGACUACCCGUUUACAGUGGCCCAUUAAGGAUCUGAACUUUGUAAGAGGGUGUACUUUGGGCUUUCUGCGUUUACAAGCCUUAAAAUCCCUAAGCUAGCGCACUGUAUCGCUAGAAAUGAUAUCCCAUGUGACAUUGCGCCUCUCUAUUGCUACGUUUCGUACGCAUUAUUUACAGCUUUUCUGUCAGCUUACGUAUGUCUUUGUUUUUCUCUUACAGUUUCAUGGGAAGAUCCUAUUUUUUUAACUUUAUUUAUGUGCUUACCCGCAUAUUUAUGAAUAUUUAUUACCUGUUCCCUCUGAGAACACAUCUGACGUGCAUUUACGGUUGUAGAGUCGCGCAGAAUGCUUCAGACUCAUCUGUGGCCUUUUAGAUUGCACUUUGUGACAAUUUUUAUAGUAGUACUGUUGACGCUGGACUGUUGUACGUCACAAUGAUUGUCUUUAGAGGAGGAAUCACAAGAUGAUUUCGUGAUUGAAAAAGCAAAGGGUGCCAACGACUGCACUGCACGACGAAGAUAUCACACCCAUCUGUUUUUUUUUUUUUUUUAUCGCAGAUUCUCGCAUGACUUGAUCUCUCGGUCCUGGUUGUCUAUGUCCGUCUACCUUACUGUUGGUAUUUCAGUCCUGUUCUGUUGUGUGGAACUUGCGGGAUGCGUUCUAGAAGAUAAGUUGUGAGCUGUGGUUCGAAUGUUGUGGCCAAUGUACAAGGCAGCCUUAAUCCCGUGUGUCAUUGAUAAGGGCCCAAUGGCAGUACGGUUGUCCGUUAAGGUUGUGCGAACGUGUAAUGAUAGAAAGCAGGGCUGGUUGUGUAGGAAGAGCAGUUCGGGGAGCUCAGUUGUGAAAAGCUGGUGUGCCUGGUCUUUGAGGACGAAUGCAUGUUUCUCUGUUAGAAGUUUUAUCAUGCAUGGCUGAAAUGGUUGUUACAGAUUACUCACAGGUACUUGUUAGAAUUUAGAAUAAAUCGUAUUUUUACAAUAUUAU